ACAGUUAUCUCUCCGAUGACAUCAAACGCGAAACAUUGCAUCCAAUGAUUCAGACUCAUACUUUGCUUACUCGCCGCUGCCUCAUCAAAACGAUUGCAGAAUAAAAUUGGGGUUACUGAUCAGUGGGACGCAGAGCAUUGUACCAGGCAUCGUUUCGGACCUCUUCUUCCUUCAUGAACGCGCAGCAAUGAUGUCGAUUUAUAUCAUCACCGUGUCAUCUGCGACAGCCAUUGGUCCCCUCGUGGCUAGCUUUGUGAUUGCAGAUACUGCGAACACCUGGCGCAAUUUCAGCUGGCUCUGUGCAGGAAUUGCCGGUCUCAACCUUAUCUUGAUGUUUCUUCUGUAUCCCGAGUCAAGUUUCGAUCGACCCCCAAUCCACCCAGCUACCCCUCUGCCCGCUGAAAAGGCCGACGUCGAAGAAGCGCAGCUCAACUCUGUUGGCAAGCAAAAUCUCCAACCUGCCCAUGUUGAGAGUCAGGAAGACAUCACCCACGGCGUACAACAUGUCAACCAUAUCCGAGUUCCCUGGACCAGCAUCUGGUUUUCGUCAAUCAAAUAUAACAGAUCCGUGGGCUUCCUCUCGAUAUUUUUCAGACCCACGGCCUUCUUGGUCUAUCCUGCAGUACUCUGGGCGGUAUUCAUCUUCGCUUCCCCGUCGCUGCUCCUGGCACCACCUUACCUGUUUGCGGCGACAAAUAUUGGUUUGAUCCAGAUCGCCGCCUUGAUCGGCUUCAUCUUUGGGACGUUCGCUGGUGGCUGGAUGUCAGAUGUCAUCACCACUCGCCGCAUCUUAAAGAACGGCGGGCAUGUGCACCCAGAACAACGAAUCUUCUCGAUUCUACCGUUUGCCCUUAUUGCUCCUGUAGGUUGCAUUGUGAUUGCAUUCGCCUGCUCGGAAAAGCUAUCAUGGGUAGCAGUCGCGUUUGGGUACGGCAUGAUAAGCCAAAGGCUGGCUUUUAAAUCUAGUCUCCUUCGGCACGGUCUAUGCCCCGAUAUUGCCAUCACAUACGUCGUGGACUGCUACCCGCAAUUUGCCGGCGAGUGUCUCGUCGCUGUAAACGCCUUCAAAAACUUGUUGGCUUUCAUCUUCCUCUAUACCGCCGUCGAAUGGAUAGCUGCGGAUGGCUGGGUCCAAGUCUAUAUGAUUAUGUUCAUGCUGGUAAGCUUGGCUACGCUCAUGGGUGUGCCUUUGUAUUUCUGGGGACAUACCCUGCGGAGGAUGUCUGAGCGCAUCUACUACCCUAAAGCCGCGGCAGCGACUCUUAGGAGACAUGAUUAUCUGGAGGGUGCGAAUGGGGUUUGA